CGUUCUUAAUUUAGUUUCAGAAAAAUCCGGGAAACUCCAAAAUGGAUGCGCCCAUUGUGGAAAACUGUGGAUAGACUCUUUAUUGCAAAAUUGAAGAAAUUGCUACAUAGAACGUAGAAAUCUUUUCUGAAGGAAAUGGAAGUGUAUGAAACGGAAUUGAAAGAAGUCAGAGAGCAGUUAGAAGACAUUGAAAUCCAGAUUGAGGCUUUGCUUCAGACACAGUCAGAUCUAACAUCUAGAAAGGAAGAGCUUGAGGCCUUGAUCGAGACCAACAGUGGGGCGUCACAGUCUCAGGCAAGCUCACAGCAAUGGGAUUCCGAAGACUUCACAUGGAGUGCUGCAUUGAAGCAGAAAAUGAAAUCAGUAUUCAGAAUCAAUGAACUGAGACCAAUGCAGUUACAGACCAUGAAUGUUUCUCUGUCUGGUAAAGACUGCAUUCUGAUCAUGCCCACAGGUGGAGGGAAAAGUUUGUGUUUUCAACUUCCUGCUCUCCUCAGCAAAGGUGUGACUCUGGUGGUGUCCCCACUAGUGUCUCUCAUGGAGGAUCAAGUCAUUGCUCUAGAGACUUACGCUGUGGAUGCAGUAAUGCUGAAUGCCUCCACUCAUAAAAAUCAAGUGACAGCUGUCCAAAAUGCCAUGACGGAUCAAAAUGCUCCAAUGAAACUUUUGUAUGUGACCCCAGAAAAACUGGCAAAAAGUAAACGCUUCAUGGCCAAGCUAGAGAAAAUGUAUGCCAUGGGGAGAUUCUCCCGCCUAGUCAUUGAUGAAGUUCAUUGCUGCUCACAGUGGGGCCAUGAUUUUAGGCCAGAUUACAAGUUCUUGGGCAUCAUGAAGCGACAGUUUCCAGAGGUUCCCAUCCUAGGACUUACUGCGACAGCCACCAAGAAUGUCAUCGAAGACGUGAAGAAGAUUCUGAAUAUUCCCUCCUGUGUACUGUUCAAAGCCUCUUUUAACAGACCCAAUCUCUUCUAUGAAAUCAAAAUGAAGUCAUCGGAACACAAGGAAACCAUGAAUGAAAUUCAAAAUCUCAUACAAAAGAGAUUCAAUAACCAAUCAGGUAUUAUAUACUGCUUUACCCGUAAAGAAUCCCAGGAUGUUACCGUUGAUCUUCAGCAAAGAGGAAUAAAGACGGGAUGUUAUCAUGCUGACAUCAGCGCUCAGGAGAGGAGUCGGGUCCACAAAAUGUGGCUCAAAGAUGAAAUCAAGGUCGUGGUGGCCACCACAGCUUUUGGUAUGGGUAUAGAUAAGCCAGAUGUUCGCUUUGUGAUCCACCACUCCGUCAGCAAGUCCAUGGAGAACUUGUACCAGGAAAGUGGGCGAGCAGGCAGAGAUGACCAGGUGUCACACUGUAUCGUUUUUUACAGACUGGCAGACAUAUUCCGACAGAGCAGUAUGGUAUUCACAGAACAGACAGGACUGGAGAAUCUGUAUGGAAUCAUGGCCUACUGUACAGAUCUUACCAGAUGCAGGAGGUCAGUGAUUGCUCAACAUUUUGGAGAAUCCUGGGAUAGAUCACACUGCAAAGAAAUGUGUGACCAUUGUCAAAGGCCAGCUGAAACAGAUAAAAAGGACGUAAAACAACACUGUCAGCUGAUCAUCGAGAUUUUAAACCAAGCAGCAAGGUUAGAAGAAAGGCUUACAGCAAUAAAAUUGAUGGAUGCAUUUCAAGGCAAGAAAGUGGGAGGGUUCCGAGCCACAGGUCUGGAUCUACCCUCUGUCACAAGGGAUGUACUGGAAAGAAUUAUAGCCCUUAUGUUAAUCAAGGGCUACUUAAGGGAGGACUUUCACUUCACUGCGUAUGCCACCAUCAGUUAUCUUGUCCCAGGUGACAAACGAAAUUUACUGAAAUAUGACUCAACAAAGGUCAUGUUAGAUUAUGUUAAAAAAAAGACAUUGACUAAAGACAGUUCAGCUUCUUCAAAAUAUCAAAACAAAGCUGACAAAAAAGAAUCGGAGAGACCGAAAAGCAAAACCAAACCCAAACUUGUAAUUGUGAAAUCUCAAAUUUCAAGUGACCCUGGCCCCAGUGGUACAGUCAUAGACAAACCGUCCAUUAAAAAGCAACUGUCUCUUAAGAGGAAAAAACUAGUGAUAUCUGAUUCUGAUGAUAGUGAACUUGACUUUGGAGACCAGAGUUCAGCAAGUGCUUUGGUGAAGAAACGAUAUGUGGAUCACUCCACAAACUCGGUUUUAACUCGGAAUGAAAAUAAUGGAGAGUUGGAGAUUGAUGUGGAAACAAACAGCGUUGGAAAUUCAAUAGACAAUGCCAUUCAGUUGGACUCGGAUACUUAUGAUUGAAUAAAACUAUUGAAAUGUUGUUGUUUUGAAGAAUUGGAAUUAUUUUGAAGCA